AUGUUCACAAUACUGUUUACAGUCAUAGGGAUCUUGGCCAGAUCCAAGUCUGUGCAGCAGCAGAGGCUUCUCAGGAAGACUCUGGCUCUGCUGCAGUUUUCUCGAGGGGAGAUGACGACUGUAAAGAACCAGUUAACUCACUUCCUGGAGACUUGGGACAACAGCAAAGCACUGAUACAGCAGAGUUGCAUCAGUGCUGACGCAGAAUGUGCUCAUCUGAAACAGGAAGUGGAUGGGCUUCAGGUGAACCUGAAGACGUUGGAGGUGGAGGUGCCAAAACUAAAGUCAUUCCUGGAACCAGCAAGAGAACAGAUUCUGCAAUUGAAGAACCAAGUCCAGACCCACAAACAACUACAAAACCAAUACCAAGAUGCCUGUUUGCUCAUAAAGGGCCUGGAAGAUGAGAUGAAUUCUUUGAAAUUGGAGCUCCAGAACAGCACACAUGAACAAGAGCAUGCGAAGAAACUCCUGGAGAUAAAGACUGUGGAGAAGGAGGAUCUGCGAGUGUUGUGGAGAGAACAGACAGACGCCAUAGAGAGGUUGUCCCGAGACCUGAGGGAGAAGCAGGAGAGCUGGUUGUCAUCUCAACAGCGAUGCCAGUCCAUGCAGGAGCAGCUGUUGGUGUGGCAGCAGAAAGAGGAGGCAGCGACCCGGAGACUGGAAUGGGCUGAAGGCGAGAUCAAGGACCUGAGAGAAGCCCGAUGCACUUUGCAGCAGCAGAGAGAGGAGCUGCAGAAAACACACAUGGGAGAAUUGGAGAGACUGGAGGAGAGCUUUAGAAGCAGGCUGAAAGCUACAGAAGAGCACAGUUUAAAGAUGGAGGCUUUUCUCCAGCAGAAACAGGCUGAGCAGGAUAAACAGCUGAAACAGCGAGAGACAGAGUUAAGAAGAGAAGCUCAUAUUGAGCUAGACAUUCAAAGACAGAAAAACCUGGAGCUGCUUAACAAAUACCAGAAUGAAAUCCAGCAACAACAAAACAAGAUUCCCGCUGUCAUUCAUUCAGCCACACAGGUGCUCCAAGAGAAAUUGUCGGUGCUGCAGGAGCGUGUUAAAGAGCAAGAGAAGGAGAUGCAACAUAUUCAUGAGAGCUCCUCUCAGAGGCAGCAGCAGUUACUGCAGGAACGCAGGACAGCAGAGGCACAGCUGCAGUACACCUUGCAGGAGCUGCGGCAGAAAACACUAGAGCUGAACAAGGCUCACAGUAACAUACAGCAACUCCAAGAAGAGAGGGUCAUCCUAGAGAAAGAGGUGAGGCACAACUCUCCAUCUGUCUUCUUACACAUUUGAACCCAGAAUUUGAGAGAUUGAGAAAAGCUAUCAAUUUACUUGAGCCAGAGCCUUUCAGUUCAGAAAUGGAUAAAGCAGACUGCACAUUUACACCAUUUCUAAGCACUCCAUAAGAAAAAAAUAGCAGCUAGAAGUAGACACAUUUCAUAUAUAAGGUUCAAAAAAUUGCAGAUUCGGUUUGUAUCAAAGUUCUGUAGUCUCGGGUUUUUGGUUUGAUUUGGUAUGUAUUGUAAAAAAUAAAAAAA